UACAUAUUUUUGUGACUUUGUGUCAACUUGGGUAUAUUUCCUGGUUUUCUGUUCAAUCGAAAGCUUGUUUUCGCUUCAAAGUUAGUUUAAAAUGUCCCAUCAAACUGGAAUCAUAGGUAAGCGACAUAAAGUUGAAUGAUCUAUUGUUUUUAAACGGUGAUCAAAGUUUGUUUAUGCUACUUGUUUUAGUGACAAGUUGUUACACACUCCCUACUUUGUUUUGUCUUGAAAUAUUUCACCGUUUUAGGAAUAUAUUUGUUGGUUUCAGCAUGCAAUACACGCCCGGCAUACUUAAUCGAUGAAAUCGAUAAUCGAUGAGUAUCAAUAUUUAUUAAUCGAUUGAUAUUGGAAAUCGGUGAAUAAUCAAUGGCUUGUUUUGCUGUGACCUUUCAUUGAUUGAUUAUCGAUUUUUUAUUGAUUUUCAUUGAUGAAUACGUACUAUUAAUUAAUACAUACUUUAAUGUCGUAACAAAACAAAUGUGAACGUAAUUCAGUAACAAUGGAUUAAAUUAAGUUUUUAUCCUUUUAUACAGAUCAAAUACAUUUGUACCUUCGAUUGGCACAGAUUUACUUUUGCAAGCAAUACACUUGCCAAUAAUUAUCGAUAAAUAUGGACAAAAAUUGAUGAAUAUAUUGAUAACAAUCGAUAAAAUUGGCCAUAACUUUUUGUGACUAUUGAUUGAUCAUAUUGAUUGACCAAUACGUCAAUUGAUAUCAAUUAAGUAAUUAAUAUCCAUUGCCAUUGAUUGGAUUUCCGAUGAUUGGUUUCCAUCGAUUAAGUACGCCGGGGAUACACGGCAGCAGAUGAUGGCCAAUGUCAGAAAUAUUAGACCAACUUAUAAUAUCACACAAAUGAAGCUAAAGUAUAUAUCUCAAUUCUGUUUGUUUGCAACCAAAUGACACAAACAGUUGGUUGACGUUUUUGUGAUACACAGAAUUGUUGAGAUAUAAAGUGUUAUCUGUUAAGCCAAAGUUAAGACUGAUCACACUUACUGAGUCAAUUCUAACAUGAUUUUUUGUUUAUUUUAGCCAAUGAGGAACUACGUGAAGCAUUUGCAUCGUCAAAGGACGGCUCAGUACGAGUUAUAAAAAUAUCUAUAGAUAAAGGUAUGUUAUAACCGGUAAAAUAAAUAACUAUUCACCUUUUAGACACUUGCUUUAACCCAUUGCAGCACUCUCCCCCUGACGAGUAAAAUUGUCUGGCAUUAAACAGAGUAAAAUAAUACGCCUAGAUGCGUCCUGCAUCUGGGCGUAUUGCCACUUAAAGGGUUAACAGGGUGCAUGGGCAGAUAGUUUGAUUAAUUUUAACCCAAUGAGUGGCAGCACUCUCCCCCUGACAAGUGAAAUUGUCUGGUGUUAGACAGAGUAAAAUAAUAAAGUAGGAUGUACAACAUGGCAGGCCACUUUAGAAAUAGAAUCUCUAUUCCUUCAAUAAGUGCAUACCUGAGCUAAUCUACCUGGUAGACCAGGUGCUAUAUAACGUGUUUAUACAAAAGUAUUCCAGAUGCAUUUACAGGCACGCAGAGAAAGAUGGGACCAAUAUGUGUACAUCCCAUCGCUCUCUGCGCACCUGUAAGCACCAUGAAUCUAGAAUACUUUACAUGCAGGUAUGUAAGCAUUUCAUACAUAGCACCUGAGGACAAAAUUAAGCAGCUACAGUAGCUAAUACUAAUUAAUCAAAACUGAACUAUAAAUCAUCACAACUGACAGUUGAUUGUUUUAUUUCUGUGUUUGCAGAAGAGUUAGUAUUUGCUGAAAGUGCCUCUCCCAUGGAUAACUGGAUAGAUGAUAUCCUUUGAACUAAGACAUUGAAUAUGAAUUUAAUUAGUUACUAUAAUCUACAGUAGUCAAUCCAUUAAGCGCCAGUGCUCUUCCCUUGAUGAGUAAAAUCGUCUGGCGUUAGACAGAGUAAAAUAAUAAUUGUAGGGUGCAUCAGGUG